CUAUAAUAACCAAAGGGAGGGUGAUUCCGACAUUUGACACACAAAACAGGGAUCGCAAUUCUCAAGAAAAAAAACCCCAAAAUCAACACCAUCGCAGCAGCUGCAGCAGCAGCUUCUUUCUUCUCGACCGCUUCAACCCAUCUCAUCACAUGCCUUACGUUCCUUCUUCUUCAACACCCUAAACAAACACACAUUCUCCGAUUUCACUCAAACCCACCCUUUCUAAUGAUCUUGUUCAACACUUGUUCUUCCUGUCUUUCUAAUUUAAUCAACACUCAUAAAGAUUCACGUGUCUUCACUUCUUCCUACAAUUUGAGUUAAAACAAUUUGUGGGUUUUGUAAUCAACACCCAAAGUUUGAAUCUUUUAAUGGAACAACAACAUUCGGGUAAUUCAUCAGCAGCCGGAACCAGUGGGCGUUCCAUAGCGUUAGAAAUCGAUCUAAACGAAGCCCCUUUACCCUCCCCUCGAGAAUUCGCCGGCGCCGGUGGGUUUCCGCCGGAGCGCCGGUGUAUGUCCUGUGGUGAGGUGGAAGGGUCGAUGGUGAUUUGUUUUGAUUGUGGGAAAAGGUCUCAUAUUGAGUGUUUAGGGGUUAGGAAAGUGCAAAGGGGUUGGAAGUGUUUCGAGUGUUUGACUGACUACCGCAAUGGGAAGAGGAUACGGCUCGCUGCUGCCCCGGUGCCUUUCGAUAUAAAUGAGUCUCCCCCGCGCGAACUCGACGGCGCUGAGGAGGGUUAUUUUGUGAAUUCAGAGCUGGUUUUAGCAGCCAGCUUUCCUAAAAUGCAGGAUUUGAUGCGUAACCCUUUUCUUGGAUUUGCUUUAAAUUCUCCAAUGUCGCACCCUGAUAUGAGGUUCAUAGCGACCGGAUCUCCGUCUCAAAAUACUUCGUGUAGCAUGCCUAGGUUUGCGCACGUAAAUCUUGAAACCGCAACACGAAAGGGCAACUUGAUCUAUUUGCAGGCACUUAAAGAUUAUAUAACCGAAAAACAAGGCGUGUUAGGAGACGGUUGGCGUGUUAAAUUCGAAUAUUCCGAAACUAAUUGCAAAACUUCCGCAAUUUACUUCGCGCCAGACGGAACUCGAUUUGAUUCGAUGUCACAAGUUGCUCAUCAUCUCGGUUUAACAUCCACAUUUAAUUCAUCGGAAACUGAAGAUAAGGGUAACGGUUUCGUUUUAAUACAGAAGGGAUCACAUUCUUCUAAAAGAAAAAAGGACAAGCGGGCCAAUAACCGAGAGCAUAAGAAUACGUUGCGCAACGGUAAAAAUUCAAUAGAAGCUGACUCUUUUUCAAACGGGUCAAAGUUGUUUCACGAUGGUUUUCCGGUUCAAUUUGAAGACUUCUUUGUUAUGUCGGUUGGAAAAAUUGACCCGCGGGGUUCGUUCCACAACGCCUCGCAGAUCUGGCCUGUUGGUUAUCGGUCUAUCUGGCAUGAUAAAUUUACCGGGUCCAUUUUCGUUUAUGAUGUUUUAGACGGUGGUGAUUCGGGCCCGAUUUUCAGAGUACAUAGGUAUCCAUGCACGAAGCAGUCAAUUCCUUACGCUUCAAAAGUCCUCUGCGUGAGAAAAUGUGAACCGAUUCACGAUGAUUACGAUGACGAUGAUACAAACAUUCACAUGAUGUUUACCGAACUUACUCCACCGCCUCACCUAGAUAACGAUAACAUAACAAGUUUAUUGACUGCGGACCCCACCAUUAAUCUUGAAGAACGUGAAGUAAUCACCGGCAAUCACGAUUUAAUUGGUGAAUUUUCGAUCGAGGACGUAUCUUCAUCAUCUGCUUGGAAAAAAGCCGUUGAAACGCUACUACACGCAUGCCAUGAAUCAUAUAACAAGAAAAAGGUGUUGACGUUUUGUUGCAAUCAUCGCGUCAAUGAACAAUGUCUUGACGCGUCAUACGAUUUUAGCACAUUAGGGAAGUUUUGUUACGUAACGGGUCCGUUGAACAGCAUCCCGGAUAAGAUACUGACAGUUACGGAGCUCGAAUCUUCUUGUGAAGCGUUGAGAAAGUGGUUGGAACUUGAUAGAUUCGGGUUAGAUGCGGAGUUUGUACAAGAACUCAUAGAGCAGCUUCCUGGGGUUGCCGCGUGUGCGAAAUACGAAUCACUGAUGACAAGAAUUAACGGUUUGCGUUCCCAAACUGUUGGUAGUGGUUUUUUUAUGGCUAUAAGUAAAGACGGUUUACAAAAUGAGGCUGUGUCGAAUAGUCUUAGGCAAACAAACAAGAGACCAAGUCCACCUGGCAACAAAGUCAACUCAAACCUUCCUCCUCAUUUGAUCGGUGACGUUAUUCAGGCCUAUGAAAUCUGCUUGCGGUUUUAUAAAGUUCUCGGGUUAGAGGCACCAAUCUCUAGACAAGUGAUGGAGAGCGAACUCAUGAAUCCAUGGGUUGACGAUUUGAAGCCCGUAAAAUGGUCUUCAGUUGAUUUUCAAAAAAAUCUAAUCUUGAAAACAUUAGAAAACACCCGACCCAAUGACGUCACCUUUAAUGCCGGUGAAGAUUCCGUUGAACACGAACGAGAAGGUUCUCGAGCAGAAGCCGCUAGCAAAUGCGCAGGUGUUGAACUCGCGAAAUUCCACAUGGCACUUCUGAAGGUGGUAAUAGAAGAUGUGUUGGUAAAAGUCAAGGAAAUAUACGACCCGUUUGGUGGGGUCGAGUCAAAGUCAAGAAAAGGGAGGAAAAAAGAUGCGGAGGUUGUGGUUGGUGGUAAAAGGAUAAGUCUUGAUAUGCUACCUGUGAAUGAAUUCACGUGGCCCGAAGUAGCGCGAAGAUAUAUUUUGGUUGCGUUGUCUGUUGACGGUAACUUUGAAUCUUCAGAGGUCAUGACCCGUGAGUGCGGUAAAGUGUUCCAUUGUUUGCAUGGUGACGGUGGCACACUUUGCGGCUCGCUAACCGGAGUGGCUGCAAUGGAGGCUGAUGCCAUGGUUUUGGCAGAAGCAUCGAAGAAAAUCUUUUCUUCCGUGAACAGUAAAGCGGUUGAGUUUAUCAUAGAUCAGAAAGAAAUCGACACUGGAGACUCCGCAAAAGAGAUGAAUGUAAUCGACGAUGAUUCACCAGAGUGGGCCCAGGCUCUUGAACCCGUAAGAAAACUACCGACUAAUGUCGGGGCAAGAAUCAGAAGAUGCAUUUAUGAAUCUUUGAGCAAAAAUCCACCCGAUUGGGCCAAAAAGAUUCUUGAACACUCCAUUAGCAAAGAAGUUUACAAGGGAAACGCAUCGGGACCCACAAAGAGAGCGGUUAUAUCAGUUCUUGAGAAAGUGAGAGUUGAUAUUCCUCAACCGAAGCCCGCUGAGAAGAAAGAAAAAGAAAAAAGUGGCGUAAGAACGUUAUCUGACGCUGUUAUGAAACGGUGCCGUGUGGUGUUAAGAUCGGUGGCUGCCGCAGAUGAAGAUCGGGUUUUUUUCAAUCUUUUGGCAAGACCCGUUUUGAAGCCGAACGAUCCUGAUGAUACGGGAGUACUUGGAUAUCCCGCAAUGGUUUCCCGUCCAUUGGAUUUUAGGACAAUUGAUCUUAGAUUGGCUGCAGGGUUUUACGUUACUUCGCAUGAAUCUUUCAUCGAGGAUGUUCGAGAGGUUUGGCAGAAUUUAAGAAUAGCUUAUCGUGAUAUACCUGAUUACAUCGAGUUAGUUGAAACACUAUCGAAUAAAUUUGAAGAAUUAUACGAAGAAGAGGUACUAAACCUCGUGAGCAGAAUUACAUGCAAUGGUAACAGUUUCGAUUCAUCAACCGAAGAAGCGAAAAAAGAGUUAAAUUCGCUUGUUAUUGAGAUAACCGAGGGCCCGCUCCCCCCCGCACCAUGGGAGGACGGGGUGUGCAAAGUAUGCGGGAUGGAUAAAGAUGACGAUAGUGUUUUAUUAUGCGAUAAAUGUGAUUCCGAAUACCAUACAUAUUGCUUAGUUCCACCACUUGCAAGAAUUCCAGAUGGCAAUUGGUAUUGCCCUUCUUGCAUGUCCAGUCAACCUAUCGUACAAGACGAGCGCUGUGGGACCCGGGCAUUGUCUCGUUUACGUGGCAAGAAGAAAUUUCAAAAAGAAUUUACGAGAAAUCUUUUGGAGAAAUUGGCCCCGUUAGCGGAUACCAUGGAGUUAAUGGAGUAUUGGGAAUUAGGCACUGAAGAGAGAGUUUUUCUCUUCAAAUUUUUAUGUGACGAGUCUCUGAGUUCGGGGGUUGUUAGAAACGACCUGGGUUCGGAUUCCGGUGAUCUCGAAAAGCAGUUACGCAAGCUGUAUAAAGAAUUGAAAACUCAAAAUAAAAAGGAGGAUGUGAUGGCUUCAAACUCGGCGAAAGAAGUUGAAGAUAAAUGUCAGGAAGAUGAAAAUUUGUCGUUUUCAAAAUCUAGUGAUGGUCAAAGUCAAAUACAAAAUGAAGAAAACGAUGGGGACCAAGAUCAAGAAUCUAUACAGGAAAGGAUCACGAAUUUGGAAUCGAAAAAAGCUAAGCCCGUUAUUCGAAGAGAGUUUUUGGGUCGGGAUUUAGUUGGAAGACUCUAUUGGGCCGUUAGCAGCCCCGAGCGGGUCCUUGUUUCGGGCCCACAUGGUAGAAUGAAAGCUUGUGAAAUGCCCGAAAUGUACACAUCCGAUGACUCUUUGUGGACUUGCUACGAAUCCGAUUCCGAAAUUCAAGAACUUAUCGGGUGGUUACGAGACGAUGAUGCACGAGAGAAAGAUUUGAAAGAGACGAUAACUCAUUGGCAGUCAAAUAGAGUAAAUAUCGAUAAUACCCUCCAGACCGUUCAAGGUAAUUGCUCCACGUCUUCAGGUUAUGAUACCAAGGCAAGGGCAAUAUUGGAAAAGAAGUUUGGUUUAUUCUUGAAGAAGCAUUGUCGGAAGGGUAAAUCGGUAAAUAACGGUAAUUGGUACCGGUGUGAAUGUUUGGAGUUAGUGGGGUCCACUCGACACCAUUGUUCUUCAUGUCAUUUGACUUAUUCAACUAACGAGGAGCUAGAAGGUCAUAACAAUGGAAAAUGUGGAAAUCAUCAAGAAACCGAACAGCCCGCAAAAUCAAAAAAAGUUUCUAUCGUCAAACAUGCGGCUUUGCCCGAUCAUCAUGAUGAACCCAAAUCCGAUUGCCCGUUUAACUUUGAGGAAAUCCGGGCUAAGUUUUGCACUCGUGGCUCCCUUAAAGACGAAGUCAAGGAUAUUGGUCUUAUCGGGUCAAACGGAGUUCCAUCACUUAUAUGGUUUAAUCCCAAUGAUGGUCCAACUGAAUUUCCACUAUCGGAAAAACAAAGCAUAAGUGAGACGCCGUCUAAGGUUGAAAGAUCGAAACCUAAGGGUAUAGGCGGAAAAUCAUCGUUAAAAACCCGAACUCCGGUGCGUAUCUGCCAAUCCUCUUUGAAGCCACUAGCGGGCCGGGUUCUAGAAAUCCUCCGUCAUCUUAAAAUCAUCUUGUUCGAUAUGGAAAGCGCACUUCCAAAUGAAGCCAUUAGACCUUCACGCGGAGGCUUGGAUCGGUUACGUGCUUGGCGCGCUUUUGUAAAAUCAGCACAAUCAAUAUAUGAGAUGGUGCAAGCUACCAUUAUUUUCGAGGAGAUGAUAAAAACCGAAUACUUCAGAAAAGAAUGGUGGUAUUGGUCGUCGCCUGCAACCGCGGCGAAAAUUUCCAACAUUUCAGCGCUUGCCCUACGAAUAUACGCGCUUGAUGCAGCCAUAUACUACGAAAUGCCCGCAACAUCCAAUUUGGACCCCACAGACCCCGUGACGCCUAAGGCAGAAAAGAAGAGUACGGAAAAGUCAAACACAAAGGAGGUGUCUGAGAAGUCAAACCCGAAGAACAGUCAAAGGGCAAGCAGCUCACCCGCGACCGACUCAAAGCCUCCCGAGGCUUCAAGACCCAAAACCAGAUCAAAAAAGAAGAGCCGAGAUUCCGACAGUUAAAAAGUGGUUAUUUCAGGAGCCAAGAUUCUGAUAGUUGAAAAGUAGUUAUGUUUGACUGAGGUACAUAGUUUGAAACAGAAGAGAUGUAGUGUUUUGCUUGUUUGUGGUUUCUUUUUUAAACAUAUAUGAUGAAACUAGAAUUAUAUUAAUCUUUACUCUUAGGAUUGAUGGAUAUGACAUGGUUUUUUUUAUC